AAUUCAAAUAAUUUAAUUGUAUUAUGUAUUUCAAUUAUCUCAAUUGUGAACGUGAAUGAUUGUAGAUAAUAUAUAUACAUUAACCUACAUGGUUCAGGGGCAAUAUUCUAUCACCUUCAUGAUUGAAUAUUUCGAGUUAGCGCAAGGUGCGUUACAUCGUUAAUUGGCUGUUCCCUAUUUUAGGGGACGAGGAAACGGAUUUUAAUCAACAACGAAUGAAUGAAUAACUUCCCUGGCUCUUUUUGGCCUUUCAUUUGGCUUCCAAAUCGAAACCGAUUGUUAUUUUUGGAUUCCUACCACAACACACAUUAUGUAGUUCUCUAUGAUCUAUCGUGAACAAUCUGGACUUAUCAAGACUCGCACACACAAAUAUACAUACAUACAUCAUUUAUUCUGCUCCCUGUCAAUCUAUUUACGCAUUUCUUUCGCCGACAUAUUCGUAUUUGUUAACAUAAAAAUAGAAUUCGGUUUUUUCUACACUAAAAUAUACGUGUAACUGGGAGAGGAUCUAAUUAGCGACAAACGUCCUUGUGGUAAGUAAGAAAUAUAUCUACGUAUAUAUCUACAUGUUUUCUACAAAUUUAUACGGAGUUUUAUGAUAUGCAAGGCAAGAUAUUGAAUCGUAGAACAUUCUACUCACAGACGUUGCUCAGAUUUUGAUUAUUCAUCGAUCGUUAAUUAACAUGGAAGACGUUAAUGACUUAGAUACUUGCGACACAACCUUUUUUAACGACACAGAUUCCGUUACACAAACAGAGAGAGAUGAGAAACUUUUACGUGAUGGAACAUUAAUUAAACAAACAUCACUGGACGGAAAUAUUUCUGAAUAUCGCUGCGAGGUUUGUGGGAAAAUAUUCUGCUCGGAAAAUGAAGUUUUCACCCAUAAAGAAAUACACAAUAGAGAAAAACAGUUUCGUUGUGAUGUAUGUGGGAAAUAUUUUGUCUUUAACAGUCAGUUAACGAGUCACAGAAGAGUCCACACAGGGGAAAAGCCUUUUCAUUGCGAAAUCUGUGGUAAAUCUUUCAUAAGUAAUUCCCACCUUACUGUCCAUAAACGAAGUCAUACUGGAGAAAAACCGUAUAAAUGUGAAAUCUGUGGGAAGUCUUUCUCUGAUAAUUCUAAUCUCGCUGUUCACAAAAGAAUUCAUACCGGGGAAAGACCAUUUCAUUGUGAAACCUGUGGGAAAUCUUUUGGCGAUAAUAGUUAUUUAAUGAACCACAAGAUUAUACACACGGGGGAAAAGCCGUAUCAUUGUGAAAUAUGUGGCAAGUGUUUCGUCAAUAACAGUAAUUUGAAUAGACACAAACGAAUACACAUUGGAGGAAAUGUAUUUCAUUGUAAAAUCUGUGGGAAAUCAUUCUCCGAUAAUUCUAACCUUGUUAUCCACGUACGUAGCCACACUGGCGAAAAACCUUAUCACUGUGAGAUAUGCGACAAAUCUUUUGUCACUCACAGUCUCUUAAAGACACACACAAGGAUACACACGGGUGAAAAGCCAUAUCACUGUGACGUAUGCGGCAAGUCUUUUACCCAGAACUCUAAUCUUGUCAUCCACAAACGUUGUCACACUGGGGAAAAACCGUAUUAUUGCGAAAUCUGUGGAAAGUCCUUCGUUAGCAAGUCUCACCUUAUAGUUCACAGGUGUAGCCACACUGGGGAAAAACCUUUUCACUGUGAAAUUUGUGCGAAAUCAUUUAUCACUAAUGGCCACUUAAAAAAGCACAAGCAAAUACACAAUCGAGGGAAACCUAAUUGUAAAAAAGAACCCCUUCGGUCAUGACUGACCAUGGGAUUUCACCUAGAAAGUUCCCUUCCAAGGCACAAGUCCAGGUAAGGUUGUUUAUGGAAGACCAGCAGUCACCCAUACAUACCAGCUUCCUCUCUCCCUGCCAUCGAUGUUAUCCAAGGGAAAGGCUAAGGGGCCAAUACAGCUUGGCACUGGUGAUGAAGCAAAUCAUUUCUAAUGCUGAGUGAACUGGAGCAACAGGAAAUAAAGAGUCUUGCUCAAGAACACAACACAACACACAGCCCAGACCAAGAAUUGAACUCACUACCUCAUGAUUGUGAAUCAGACGCACUGAGUCAUGCACCUUCACCUAACUGUAAAGCACCAGAAAUCAUCUUAAAGAUCUAAACCCAUUGAUCUACCAAUUACUAUACAUUGGAGAAUGUUUUCCCAUGUUGAAAUAUGCCUGAAAUAAUUCUCUUUGAAUUUUCGUCUUGUCUACAAAUGUACUCUUUGCAAACAUCAGAUGGCCCCUCAACAACACAUAUGACUUUUAUCAAAUGUCCUUGUGCACCUUAAGUUUUUUGUUUUUUUUUCUUGGUUGUGGCCCUGAGAAACCCUUCCAUAACUGAAAGCCUUAUUUGUGAACACAAACAAAAGACAAAAAAACUGUAUUUAUGGCCCUCAUUCAUUUAAGAGAAACCCUUCCACAACUGAAAGCCUUAUUUGUGAACACAAACAAAAAAA